AUGAAGCCAUCCCAAGGAAUGCGUCCUGACCCUGCCAUGCCCAAGAUCCCAUGCACCCGGCCUGCAGUGGAGGAGCCUGGGCAUAUCUGGAGCUGUCCCUACCCAGAGGGAGAGGAGAAACAGCCCUCCAUCCUCCUCCAGGAAAUCAGACUGAUGGUCCUCUGGGCGUUAGCCAACAGGAUUCACUGGUCAACCAUGAGGAGCCACAUACCAGUCACUAACUUCAUCCUACUGGGGCUCACGGCUGACCCUAAUUUACAUGCGGCGAUUCCCCUCUACAUGUCUGUCACCUACGUACUGAGCAUCACCGGCAACCUGACCAUCGUCACCUUCACCAUGAUGGACUUCCGCCUACACACCCCCAUAUUUCUGGCCCCCAUUGUCACCCGGGACAGGACCAUUUCCUACAACUGUUUUGCAACUCAGCUAUUUUUAUUCAUCCUGCUGGGGGCGACUGAGUUCUUCCUCCUGGCCAUCUUGUCUUCCGACCGUUAUGUCACCAUCUGCCGAUCGCUGAACUACACAACUCUCAUGAGCCCAAGAGUCAGCAUCCCGCUGGUCCUUUGCUCCUGUCUGACUGGGUUCAUGGUCAUCUUUUCUCUGGUCAUCUUUGGUCUACAACUGUACUUCUGUGGCUCUGUAACCACUGACCACUUCUUCUGUGAUAUCUCUCCUCUGUUCCUGCUCUCGUGCUCAGACACCUCGUUCCUGCAGCUGAAGGCUCUUAGGAGAAAGGUCUUUUCCACCUGCUCCUCCCACAUAGUCGUGAUCUCCAUCAUAUACGGCAGCUGCAUCUUUAUGUAUACCAAACCGUCUGCCAAAGAAAGGGUGGAACUGACCAAAGGGGUGGCGGUGGUCAACACGUCCUUGGCCCCCAUGCUGAAUCCCUUCAUCUAUACCCUGUGGAAUAUACCUCCUAUACCUCCUGGAGGAGGGGAGUUCUGA